ACGCAGCCGUGAUCAAGCCAUCUGAAGUGAGUGCGCACACUGCCAAAGUAAUGGAGGAUCUUUUACCUCUCUACCUCGACAAAGAGAUGUAUCCUGUUGUCACUGGUGGUGUCGCGGAGACCCAAGAGUUGCUCAAGCAGCGUUUUGAUCAUAUCUUCUACACUGGAAAUGGUAUGGUGGCUAAAAUCAUCAUGGUGGCAGCGGCUCAAUAUUUAACCCCUGUCACUCUGGAGCUGGGAGGAAAGAGCCCGUGCUACAUCGACAACAACUGUGACCUCGCUGUUGCCUGCCGGCGUAUAGCUUGGGGCAAGUAUACAAACUGUGGUCAGACCUGCAUUGCUCCAGACUACAUACUCUGCGACCCCAGUAUCCAAGACAGAGUGAUAGAAGAGAUCGAGAAGAAUAUUAAGGACUUCUAUACAGAAAAUCCCUAAACAUGCCCAGAUUAUGGACGCAUCAUCAAUCAGCGUCACUUCAAGAGAGUGAUGGCAAUGCUAGAGGACGGCACUGUAGCGGUGGGGGGAGAAAACGACGAGUCAGACUGCUACAUUGCCCCAACUAUUUUAAGAGACGUGAAGCCGGAUGCAAAGGUCAUGCAGGAGGAGAUCUUUGGGCCUCUAUUGCCCAUCCUGUCAGUGAGGAGUGCAGAUGAAGCCAUCAAAUUUAUCAAUGAAAGAGAAAAACCCCUUGCACUGUACAUCUUCUCUGAAAACAACAAGCUGAUUAAGCGUAUGAUUGCAGAGACCUCUAGUGGCGGAGUGUUGGCCAAUGACUGUUUGAUCCACUUCUCAGUCAACACUUUGCCCUUUGGUGGAGUUGGUAACAGUGGGAUGGGCUGCUAUCACGGCCAGUUCAGUUUUGAUCGGUUGAGUCACCUGCGAGGCUGUCUUAUCAAACAGCUGAAGAUGGAAGGGGUGAAUAAGAUGCGUUACCCACCACAUACAGCAGAAAAGCUGGGCUGGGCGCGCUUUUUAAUUCUCAAACAGGUUGACUUGGGCAGUCUGGGCCGCAUGGCCCUGCUGGCUCUGCUGGCAAUCUUUAUUGCUGUGAUAUUACAGAAAUACUUUACUGACUAGGAAUGUGAACUAAUAUGAUGAAAGUUCAUCUUCACCAUAAAGAAGUUGGUUGAAUGAGAGGAUUCCUAGAAGUGCUGCUUCACUCCUUUGCCUUAUAAUGUCAUAGGCCCCGAAACAGGCCAUGAUUUAUUUCAACUGUUAAAAUGUUGCAUUUUUUCAGAAGUAAUUUAAACUAACAUGACAUUUCAAUGACUGGAAUAUUUGCAAUAUAGCACUUUAAUCAGUGUUUUUUUUAAUAUACACUAUUUUAAUGUUGCUAAAAGACCUUUGCUGUCACAUCCAACAUGUUUGGGUUUUUAAAUGAAGGAAGAGUCAGAAUACACUAGAUUUUGUGUUUGUUUGUUUUUUAGCAAUAUAAACGUCAUACUGUAGCUAUUUUGAAUACAAGUCCAGCAUUUUGAUGAAAUGCACAUUUCAAACAGUCUAAAUGUGGGGGUUUUGUACAGUAUACCAGGCAACGUUACACAUUUUGUUCUGCAGUUCGACUGAUCUGUUAUACCUCUUAGAAAUUAUGGUUAUAUGGUCCAGUCUGUCAUUAUGAAGAACGUAAGAUUUUAUUAUUUUUUAAAAUAUAAAAUGCACAUUUAUCAUCAUCUUACAUAAGCAGACCAACUAGAUGUAAAUUGUGGAUUGCUUAUAGAGACAUUCUCUAUCUGAAGGAUUUCUAUUAAACCGAACAUCUGUCUUAUAGUAAUGCUACUGAUUUAAAGAGUUUUAUCACACACAGAAACAAUUUUGAACAGAAUAAUAAACAUGUUU